UGGAGAAAUCAUGCUAAUUGUCUGCGCCAGAGCUGGAGAACGCCACCCAAAAUGAAGAGAGAAAGGGAAGCCCCGUCCAGGGCCUUCAGUGCACGGCGCCUUGCUCCUUUUGUCUACCUGCUUCUGAUCCAGACAGAGCCCCUGACAGGGGUGAACAUCACCAGCCCGGUGCGCCUGAUCCACGGCACGGUGGGGAAGGCCGCCCUGCUCUCCGUGCAGUAUAGCAGCACCAGCAGCGACAAGCCCGUGGUCAAGUGGCAGCUGAAACGGGACAAGCCAGUGACCGUCGUUCAGUCCAUCGGCACCGAGGUCAUUGGCACCCUGCGGCCUGACUAUCGAGACCGCAUCCGCCUCUUCGAGAACGGCUCCCUGCUUCUCAGCGACCUGCAACUGGCCGAUGAGGGCACCUAUGAGGUCGAGAUCUCCAUCACGGAUGACACUUUCACCGGGGAGAAGACCAUCAACCUCACUGUAGAUGUGCCCAUUUCAAGGCCGCAGGUGUUAGUAGCAUCAACCACGGUGCUGGAGCUCAGCGAGGCCUUCACCCUGAACUGCUCGCACGAGAACGGCACCAAACCCAGCUACACCUGGCUGAAGGACGGCAAGCCCCUCCUCAACGACUCCCGGAUGCUCCUGUCCCCAGACCAAAAGGUGCUCACCAUCACGCGCGUUCUCAUGGAGGACGACGACCUGUACAGUUGUGUGGUGGAGAACCCCAUCAGCCAGGGCCGCAGCCCACCCGUCAAGAUCACCGUGUACCGAAGAAGCUCGCUCUACAUCAUCUUGUCCACAGGAGGCAUCUUCCUCCUUGUGACCUUGGUGACUGUCUGCGCCUGCUGGAAACCUUCCAAAAAGUCUGGGAAGAAGAGGAAGCUGGAGAAGCAAAACUCCAUGGAGUAUAUGGAUCAGAGUGAUGACCGCCUGAAACCAGAAGGUGAGCUCCCAGCCGCCCACUCACCCGUCCCAUCGUCACUCAGAGCAGUGGGCUGCUGGGAAAAGGCAGAUCUGGGCGACAAGGAAGCCAGCUCUGCAGGGCCCCUUCCUCCACCAACUGCACGAAGACUGCAGAGCUGGGAGAGGAGCACCCGAGCAGACACCAUCCCACGAAGCGGAGAGCAGGAAAGGAAGAACCCCAUGGCACUCUACAUCCUGAAAGACAAGGACUCGCCGGAGCCCGAGGAGAACCCCGCCCAGGAGCCUCGGAGCGCGACGGAGCCCGGCCCGCCCGGCUACUCCGUGUCCCCGGCCGUGCCGGGGCGGUCGCCCGGGCUACCCAUCCGCUCCGCCCGCCGCUACCCGCGCUCCCCGGCGCGCUCCCCCGCCACCGGCCGGACGCACUCUUCCCCUCCCCGGGCCCCCGGAUCGCCUGGCAGCUCGCGCAGCGCCUCGCGCACACUGCGGACUGCCGGCGUGCACCUGAUCCGCGAGCAAGACGAGACGGGGCCGGUGGAGAUCAGCGCUUGAGCCUCCUGGGGUCCCCGGAGGCGCCCGCACACCGAGGCCCAUGUCCAGGGGAGGGCGGGGCAGCGGGGCUGCGGCCCGCGAGGGGCGAGGGAUUA